CACAACACGACAACGUGCGUACCUCUGCUUAUCAUUUCCCUAGCCUUUUUACAUUACAGUUUUCCACUUUUAAGCAUUUCGGCAGAAGAAAAUGGAUAAAUUAAAAUGCUAAAAACAAGCUGAGGGUUCGUCCUUGGUUCUCCGACGCUGCGGCAGAGCACAGGGGCUUUCCGACGGCCUCCAUAAAAGGUCCACUUUCGGUUUUGGUCUCCUAGUAGCCGGCUCCACUUGGCGGCGAAAGCAACGUGAACUAGAAAAGACGUAGCCUGUGCAUUAUGCAGAAGAUGAGCUACUUCUGCCCUUUGCUCUUUGUCUGUGUGGAUGUGUGUGUGGUGCACGCCAUCCGCCUGACCCAGCUCUCACCUCUCCUCCACCCCCAUCCCUUCAUCACCUUGUGGGGCGGAGGGCUGCUGAGGGCCUGGCUCCUCCUCAUCCUCAUCUUCAACUACCCGGGAAGCCCGCCCUGGAUGAGCAGCUUCAAGGGGCUGCAGACCCUAGCCGUGCUGUGCUUCCACUACCCAGCGUACAUCAGCCUGCUGUGGGCGCUGGGGCAGCCCGCCCUGGAGGAGCUGUGGGGGUGGCACUCCUGGCAGAGGUUGUUGCAGAGCUAUGGUGUGACGGUGGUGGCCUGGCUGUACUGGAGCCAGUACGUGUCCUCUCUGUUCAAGAGGAAGACCUCGGGGGGGUCCAAGGAGAACACCGGCGCCUCCCUGAAGAGACUGAUGGGAUACAUGCUGCCCUUCAGUAGGCGCUUCGUAGUUGUAAUUGCUUUCGUGGUUCUCUCUUCUUAUGGUGAAAUGGCUUUCCCUCAGUACACCGGUCGCAUCUCUGAGUGGAUCACAAAUGAAGAAGAGUCUGGUGCAUUCACAAACGCCAUCAUAACCAUGACGCUGCUGACCAUCGCCAGUGCUGUGCUUGAGUUUUUAUGUGACCUCACCUACAACGUCACCAUGAGCCGCGUACACACCGCGGUCCAGGGGCUGGUCUUUCAGGCUGUGAUCAAACAGGACAUUGCUUUCUUUGACUCCAUUCCUACAGGUGACAUGGUGUCGCGUGUCACCACGGACACCAACAAGACGAGCGAGUCGCUGAGCGAGGAGUUGAGUCUGCUGAUGUGGUACAUGGCCCGUCUCAGCUUUCUCUUCAUCUUCAUGGUGAAGCAGUCCUGGAAAAUCUCUCUGCUCACUUGCAUGGGGCUGCCCAUCGUCUGGGUCAUACCAAAGCUGACUGGCUACUUCCACCAGGUUAUUGCAGUAAAAGUUCAGGAUUCGCUGGCCAAAGCCAACCAAGUGGCCACAGAGACUUUCUCCUGCAUAAAGACGGUGAGGAGCUUUGCCAACGAGGAUGGCGAGACAGAGCGGUACAGACAGAAGCUGGACGACACUUACGCCCUUAAUAAAAGGGAGGCAGCAGCCUACGCAGCCUCCACCUGGGCCAACAGUAUGAGCAGUUUGGCCCUGAAGGUGUGUAUUCUGUACUACGGCGGGACGCUGGUGACCAGUGGGACAGUUAGCAGCGGAGACCUGGUGUCAUUUGUCCUGUAUGAGCUGCAGUUCGCCUCUGCUAUUGAGGCUGUUAUGCGUUAUUACCCGGAGGUGAAGAAGGCGAUCGGUGCCUCUGAGAAGAUCUUUGAAUAUAUGGAUCGAAAGCCUGAGAUACCCCCAGACGGCACUUUAGCUCCUGAAAAUCUUAUGGGACACAUUCAAUUCAAAAACGUCACAUUCACCUACACUGGCAGGAAUGAAAAGGACAAUCCUGUGCUGAAGGAUGUGUCUCUAGAGAUCAAGCCCGGCCAGAUCACCGCCCUGGUGGGGCUUAACGCGUCAGGGAAGACCACCUGCGUCAAGCUGCUGGAGAGGUUUUACCAGCCACAGAAAGGACAGAUCCUCCUGGAUGGAAAACCACUGAAUAGCUACAAGGAUGAGUACCUGCGCACCAAGAUCUCUGUGGUGAGCCAGGACUGUGUGCUGUUUGCUCGCUCCGUGAGGGAGAACAUCAAGUAUGGCUGCGAGAGCAUGUCUGACGACGAGAUGCACAGGGCUGCCAGGCUUGCUAGUGCCCACACAUUCAUCACCACUGAUCUCUCUGACGGAUAUGAGACAGAUGUUGGGCAGUCGGGUGCCCAGGUGUCUGGAGGCCAGAAGCAGCGCAUUGCCAUCGCCAGAGCUUUAAUCAGACGGCCUAAAAUCCUGGUGCUGGACAACGCCACCAGUGACUUGGACGCAGAGACUGAAUAUCAGGUGCAACAAGCUUUGCUAAAUGACACCAACCACUGCUCGGUGCUGCUGAUCUCUCACAAGGGAGUGGAGAAGGCCAACCACAUCGUCGUGCUCAAUGAAGGGAUGGUGCAUGAGGAGGGAAGUCACGAUGAGCUGCUGAGGAAGGGCGGACUUUACGCUGACCUGGUCAGAAAGCAGAAUCAGGCUUUUCAUGGCAAACAGGAUGACAAGAGAGAUGCACACUGAUUCUCCCACAACUCUGGAGGUGGUGGGCCAGAGGUCAGAGGAACAGGCUUGUGGCAGGAUGGUUGCUGGGUGGAUGCACAACCAGUGCACGACCAGUUCUGCAGGCAGCUCUUAUAUGUUGGUGUAAAUGAGAGCGAACACACUUCAGCUUACUCAAACUUUUUUUUGUUGUUUCCUUUUCUGCAAUAUUACUGUUAGGAGAAAAAGGCCACACCAAACACCCCAUAUUUCUCAAUAACUUUUUUUUAGAUUUGCUUCGCUUUGCAGAUUUCUUUAAACCACAGCUUAAUGAAAUCGGAAUCAGUUACUCGUCCAUAUACAAUGUUGUUGUUUUUUUGGUAACUGUAAUAAAUGUAUUUAUUUUUCAGAUUUGUCCGUUUGUUACUUAUUUUAUUUGCAUUUCCAGGUAUGCUCUACAUUUCCUUAGUUGUGUAAAUAUUGUUUAUCCUUAUUUCCAUUACACACACCUCCUUGUGUGCUGUGAAAGUGAUACAUCUGAGAAUUUGUGAAAAUAAACU